UGUCCCGCCUCCUCCGCUCUGCUCUUCCCGCCUGUGUAGUCGUUGGUCGGAGAGGUGCGCACUCGUAGAGCGGAGGAUUGUCGCUGUGAGAUCGCCAUGCCGACCGUGGAGGAGCUUUACCGGAACUACGGCAUCCUGGCCGACGCCAAGGACGAUAUCAGCAAGCACAGAGCGGCCUAUCAGGUGAUCCUGGAUGGCGUAAAAGGCGAAGCGAAGGAGAAGAGAUUGGCGGCGCAGUUUAUUCCCAAAUUCUUCAAACAUUUCCCGGAUUUGGCCGACGCCGCCAUAAAUGCCCAACUGGAUCUGUGUGAAGACGAGGAUGUGUCGAUCCGGAGACAAGCGAUCAAAGAACUAUCACAGUUUGCAACGGGGGAGAACCUUCCACGGGUGGCAGAUAUUCUGGCGCAACUUCUGCAGUCAGAUGACUCUGCAGAAUUUAACUUGGUGAACAACGCCUUGCUGAGCAUAUUCAAAAUUGAUGCCAAAGGCACCCUCGGAGGAUUAUACAGCCAGAUUCUUCAAGGUGAAGACAUUGUACGGGAAAGGGCCAUCAAGUUUCUUGCUAACAAAAUGAAAACCGUUCCUGAAGAUGUCAUGACUAAAGAGGUGGAAGAUUACAUUUUUUCUGAAUCUAAGAAGGUUCUGGAUGAUGUCACCGGGGAGGAAUUUGUCCUGUUUAUGAAGAUCCUGGCCUCUCUGAAGACAUUACAGACAGUCAGCGGCAGACAGCAGCUGGUAGAUUUAGUAUCUGAGCAAGCGGGUCUCUAUCAAACCCUCAACCCCGCAGACCCCGACUCUGUGGAUCGCCUCCUCCAGUGUAUGCGGCAAGCUGUGCCACUUUUUUCUAAAAAUGUCCACUCCACUAAGUUUAUGACCUACUUUUGUGAGCAAGUGCUUCCCAUCCUGAGUUCCCUGACCAGCCCAGCAGAGGGCAUCGAUGUCCAGUUGGAGGUGUUGAAGCUUCUGGCUGAGAUGAGCGCCUACUGCGGAGACAUGGAGAAACUUGAAUCAAAUUUAAACAAACUCUUUGAGAAGCUUUUGGAAUACAUGCCGCUUCCUCCGGAGGAAAUAGAAAACGGGGAAAAUUCGGCUAACGAGGAGCCAAAACUCCAGUUCAGCUACGUGGAAUGUUUACUAUUCAGUUUCCACCAACUUGGACGCAAGAAUCCAGAUUUUCUCACCGGUGACAAAGUGAAUGCUGAGAAGCUAAAAGACUUCAAAAUCAGGUUACAGUACUUUGCCCGAGGAUUACAGGUGUACAUUAGACAGCUUCGCCUGGCCCUGCAGGGGAAAUCCGGGGAGGCCUUAAAAACAGAAGAGAACAAAAUCAAAGUGGUAGCCUUGAAAAUUACCAACAAUAUAAAUGUUUUAAUCAAGGAUUUGUUCCAUAAUCCUCCAUCCUACAAAAGCACAGUGACCCUGUCCUGGAAGCCAGUACAGAGAGCAGAUAUCGGACAAAAGAGAACAAGUGAAGACAGCACUACAUCCUCUUCCUCCUCUUCCUCCUCCUCACCGCCAAAAAAGCCCAUUAUGGGACCAAAAAGAGACGCCAGACAAAUCUACAACCCACCCAGCGGGAAAUACAGCGCAAGUAUUGGAGAGUUCUCUUAUGAACAGAGAGGAGGAUUCCGCGGCGGCAGAGGAAGAGGUUGGGGGGGCACUCGUGGGAACCGCAGUCGAGGAAGAAUGUACUAGAAGAGGAGAGACCCGGCAUGGAGACACUCAGCUGACUGACGGACUGCUCAAUGCCUCCUUUCAAUUGCCACCGGCAACGGACUUUUAACAUGAAGCAUUCUUUCUACCUUUGUACGUACGUUUUGUAUCCAGACGUUCUUCAGUCUCGUACACCUAACGUAGUUUUCAGCGUCACACACCGGAUUCUGAGCCGCUUCCAUGUUUCACGUAGGGAUCUGCUCAAAACAACGACGCACAUAUCCCGCCUGAAAAAAUAAAAAUCCAGAAGUGUAGCAGUCGCAUUUCUCUCUGGGAAUCAAUUGAAAGGAAUGUGCAGAUAACCUCAUUAUAGUGAUCAUAGGAACGUUGCUUUCAGGCCACGUUGGCACCCUGGUUUGAACGUUUUCGACCCUCAGCUGACAGUUGCGGUUCGGUUGUCGUUGCCAAAUUACCUUUCCUCUGUUUUCGGCAUGUGUGUGCAGGUGAUAAAAUUUACAGCUACGUUUCCAAGUUUUCCUUUUGCUGUGAAAGCAAAUGUUUUAUUGUCUCGUUAUUUAUUAUUUUGCAACCGAAUUAUUAUUAUUAUAGCCACCAAUUUUACGUUUUUACUUUUUAGACUUUUUUUUUUUUUUUUACCAAAUGUAAAUCUGCCUGACGGAUGCAAGACAGAUGGAAAUCUUUUUGUUGUGGACAAAUACCAAACUGCCGUUUGCUGUUUAAAAAAAAAAGGAUAUAUAUAAAACUUUUUUGGGGAGAA